UUCCCAGAAACACCGUAAACGUAACUACAGAGGAAGAGGUAGGCCCAUGCAAGUCUCACGUACAACCCGCGUAAACAAAGCUAGCUAGCUAACAUUUGACAUAAGUAAAAGGAACCAGCAAUAACAAAACAGAGCAACGACUGACUUGCCUGGGCUUUCCUUGUACCAUGGCUCGACCACUGGGAGAAAGCCAUAAAAGGUUCCUGCAAACCAUGAUGGUCAAUGGGAUCAUUGAUGGUGCCAAGGCUAGGGCUCUCCACCGGCAUUGCUGUGAGGCUCACGGUGCACACUAUGCUCAUGAUAAACUCGAUGAAUUCAUCGAGGUUAUCAAUGCCCAGCUGCAGCCCAUGUUCAUGCAGAUCAGAAAAGGGAUGUCUGAGGAGGAUGGUCUUCAGUAUCAUGCUUUGGUGAACAUGGCUGAAACUGAUGUGACCAGGAUGUCAACUGAUUAUGCAGACAAUGAGUUGGAAUUAUUCCGAAAAACAAUGGACCUAAUUGUGGACUCUGACAAUGGAACCGCCUCUUCCACGGACAUUCUUAACUGUGCCGACAGCCUCCAGACAAAGAAGCUAAAGAAAAGAGAAACGGAACAUGUACUGAACAGGCUUGUUCAGGAUAAGUGGCUGAAUGAGAAAAAUGGUGACUACUCUCUCUCCACUCGAUGUAUAAUGGAGCUGGAGCCAUAUAUUCGUAUGUUGUAUCAAGACCAGGUCAAGGUCUGCCAUAUCUGUCACAAUGUGGCCUUGCAGUGCCAGACGUGUGAAAAUCCUACAUGUGGCAUCAAAAUCCACACCCCUUGUGUCGCCAGAUACUUCAAAGGAAGGACUGAUCCACGAUGCCCUGCCUGUGAGGACUUCUGGCCACAUGAGAUCCCAGAUGUGUAUAGACCUCCGUCCUCUCAGAGCGAGACUCAGUCAGCAGCCAAAGAGAACACGGCCCCCACCCCCACUCCUCGGUCUACAGCUCAGACCCGGAGGACCAGGAGGUCAUAACCUCACGGAUGCAUGUAUAGCUGUCAGAACCUUCAGUACAAUGUUUUGCCUUCAUUCAAAUGUAAAGAUAAAUUGAGUUAAGUUUGAAUGUUGAAAAAAAGUUUUUAUAAUUAUAUAUUAAAUGUUAGAUUCUUUCAGGAGAACAUCUAACUUUCCUUGAAUCGUCAAUGGUCUCCCGUGAGCUCCACUUUUAACUUGAUUAUCUUAAUUUUAUUAAGUUACUUUCUAGGGGAGCAAUUCUGGGAAGUGUGGCAACUACUUCAAUCAUUCUUUCAGGCAGUUUAAAUGGAAAGCGGUGUUUACAUAAUUUGUGCCUGUGGUUCAUUAGGUUGUUAAAUUAGAAUAGUACUGCCUUAUUUGAAUAAAUUAUGGGCAUCACCUCA